CACCGUGGGGAGUCGGUACCGCCCGUCCGUCCGCGGUGAGUCACCAGUCCGCACUCUGCAGCAGGAGCUCCACCAGUAGCUGCAGCCUUUCCAAGCCUUCCCUUCUUUACCUCCUUGUGCGUUCUCCUUAUCAUUCUUGUUGUUGUUAUUAUUAUUAUUAUUACUCCUUUUAGUUUUAAGAGGAAGAGCAAAGAAGAAGGCCUACCUUACCUACCUCCUAUUGGGAAUCACUUAUAAGACGCGAGGAAAUAAUAGAGGAGUAAGGAAGAAAGAAGGAGAGAGAGAGUUAGCAAACUGUAACGAAGGAGAGGGAAAAGAAAAGAGAGAAAGAGAGAGAGAGGGGAGGUGGGAAAUGGAAAACGGCGGAGUAGCGACGAAAAGUGGCGGGCAGGGGGCACCGUCGUCCUGGGAUAUCUGGGAGCUAGGGAACUGGAGUUCCGCCGGCAUCGCCAGCGCCUCCUCCUCCUCCACCUCCUCCUCUUCCUCCUCCUACUACGCCCACGCUACCGCCGCUGCCUCCUCCUCCUACUGCCCCCCCUUCUCCGACCCUGCCACCAUGGUCCCCACCGCCCCGGGGGACCACCGCCAGGCCCAGGGCCCUCAGUACGGCCUCCACAACCACCAUCUGACGUGUCUCAAGCUCGGCAAGAGGCAGUACUACGGGGAGGAAGGGGUCGCCGGUGGAGGGAACAAGAGGGAGCGGCUGUCGUCUAAUCCGCCGGCGGCGGCGGCUGCGGUGCCGAGAUGCCAGGUGGAAGGAUGCAACAAGGCGCUGGUGGACGCUAAAGACUACCACAAGCGGCAUAAGGUGUGCGAGAUGCACUCCAAGGCCCCUAAGGUUGUCGUCCUCGGCACCGAGCAGCGCUUCUGCCAGCAGUGCAGCAGGUUCCAUGUGAUUUCGGAGUUCGACGACUCGAAGAGGAGCUGCCGUAGACGGCUGGCCGGCCACAAUGAGCGCAGGAGAAAGAGCACCAGCGACUCCAUUAGAAACUCUUCUCUAGUAGAAAACACAAUGAUGAGUAGCAGAUUUCCCUAUAUACCAACUUCUUCGGGUCGUGCUCUCUCUCUUCUGUCAUCCAAGGCCUCCCCUUGGGUUUCAGCAUCUGACCUCUCUUCUCGAUCCAGCGCUGCCCUUCGCGAACUGAUCGCGGAGAACCGAGCUGCUGUCCUUGCUAGGCAAUUGUUCUCCGACCGUGGUGGCUGGCAUAAUGUGGUCUCCGCGAACCAGGCAACCCUUUCUUAUGUGCCACAUCAGCAUCAAGUGCCAUCACAAGCACAGGCUCAGCUUACGGAUGGCUGGAACCAAUUCCAGGAGGCCGGCAGCCAUGUGACGCUGGACCUCAUGCAGGUGCCCAGCUCUUCUUUUGAGAUCCUCUCAGGAAGGAGCAAGUCAAAGGAGGAUGAGGAGUGCUGUGAAAUUUGGAAAUCUUUAGAAGGAACGCAUGUAGUAUGAAUCUCCAGUUCUUAUCCGGAGCGGAGCUGCUACAUUUCAAUUGAAUUUGUUUUCGAAAAUUUGCUAUAUAUGUAUUUGUCAAGCAAUGAAACUUUCUUGGGGGAGCUUCAUUAUGGCACAUUUUGUAAUAUAUAAUGUGGAUGCUAUUUUUUAUUUGUCAAGCAAACUGAAAGAUGGUCAUUUUUGUUUGGAUUUAUGCUUGCUUAAUGAACCGUCGUAGUAGGGUCUGUUGGUC